AUGGACGUUACCAAUCUCGAGGCCGCUUUCGAGCGCAUCACCGUUAACGACGAGAAUGACGACCAUGCAUCUUACCACAAAGCGAAGAAGCUCGCUGCUUCAAACUCAAUUAAGAACGUCAACGCAAGCAUCGCAAAGGUCACGAUAACAUCGUCAUCCACACAACCCCAAAACCCAGGCCACCGCCGCACGCUCACCGAAUCCGCCCUCUACUCACAACCCUCAACAGCUAAGCAGUGGCACCUGGGCAUGUUCGAGAUCGGCAAGCCCCUGGGAAAGGGUAAAUUCGGACGCGUGUACCUUGCCAAGGAGCGCUCCUCGGGCUUCGUCUGCGCGCUCAAAGUCCUGCACAAGAACGAGAUCCAGCAGGGCAAAGUCGAGAAGCAAGUCCGCCGUGAGAUUGAAAUCCAGUCGCACCUCGCGCACCCCAACAUCCUGCGGCUGUUCGGCCACUUCAACGAUGCCAAGCGCAUCUUCCUCAUCCUCGAGUUCGCCGGCAAGGGCGAGCUGUACAAGCACCUGCGCCGCGAGCAGCGCUUCCCAGAGCCCAAGGCCGCCCAGUACAUUGCCCAGAUGGCCGCAGCCCUCAAGUACCUCCACAAGAAGCACGUCAUGCACCGCGACAUCAAGCCUGAGAACAUUCUCGUGGGGAUCCACGGCGAGAUCAAGAUCUCCGACUUUGGUUGGUCCGUCCACGCGCCGAACAACAGGCGCAACACCAUGUGCGGCACGCUCGACUACCUACCACCGGAGAUGCUGCUGGGCCGCGGCAAGGACAACUUCUACUCUGAGAAGGUCGAUCUGUGGAGUCUGGGCGUGCUGACCUAUGAGUUUCUGGUUGGAGAGGCGCCGUUCGAGGACACGCAGGUUAUGACGCAGCGGAAAAUUGUCAGGGGCGAGUACACGGUGCCCAAUUUUGUGAGCCCCGAGGCACGAGAUUUGAUUAAGAAGCUCCUCGUCCUCGACCCAGAGAAGAGAAUCGCGCUCGAAGACGUUGAAAGGCACCCCUGGAUCGUCAAGCACUGCAAGGGCAGCGAGCGCGCCUACGAACGCGCGUCAGGCGGCAAGUUCCGCAGCAGCUCGGAGCGGGAAAGCUGA